ACCCACCCCGGAAGUGGACCGGAAAAGUCCAACUGGAGGCUGUUUUCUCACGCAGGGGCAUGCUGGAGACUGGUGGUUGACGUGGGAACCGGGCGCCCUCGAGACCCAUCUCGGGGCAGCCGGGCCGCCCUCCUGCAGUUGAGGAAAGCUGAAUUGUUUUCCCGCGGCGCAGAGUCCACCCGCUUUGCUAUGGCUCACGUUGGCUCUCGCAAGCGCUCGAGGAGUCGCAGUCGGUCCCGGGGUCGGCGGGGGUCAGAGAAGCGAAGUAAGAAGAGUAAUAAGGAGGCCUCGAGGAACUGCUCAGCCUCCAAAUCCCAAGGUCACAAGGCCAGCAGCACCUCCGGUGCUGAGGAGAGAAGCAAGCACAAGGCCCGGAGGACAGCGAGAUCCAGCUCUUCCUCCUCCUCUUCCAGUUCUUCCAGCUCUGCAUCAUCCUCAUCCUCCAGUGACGGUCGGAAGAAGCGAGGGAAGCCCAAGGAUAGGAAGAGGAAGAAGAAGAAGAAACGGAAGAAGAAGCUGAAGAGGAAGGACAAGGAGAAGGCAGUGGCCGCGCACCCGGCGGAAGCUCUGCCCGGCCCCUCGCUGGAUCAGUGGCACAGAUCAGCUGGGGAAGACAACGAUGGCCCAGUCCUGACGGAUGAGCAGAAGUCUCGGAUCCAGGCCAUGAAGCCCAUGACGAAGGAGGAGUGGGAUGCUCGGCAGAGUGUCAUUCGCAAGGUGGUGGACCCAGAGACAGGCCGCACAAGGCUUAUCAAGGGAGAUGGUGAGGUUUUAGAGGAAAUCGUAACCAAAGAACGACACAGAGAAAUCAACAAGCAAGCCACCCGAGGGGACGGCCUAGCCUUCCAGAUGCGAGCAGGCCUGCUUCCCUGAGGGCCCUGGUCUCCCAGGUCUGUGAACUACUGUUGGUGGCUUGGAGACAGACGGGUCCAGUUGUCUUUUCUUCUGUGGUUGGCCUCUGGCCCAGGCCAGCAUCCUCUUGGGUGCGGUGGGUGACCUCCUAAGCACCAGACUGGAAGAGUGUCGAUAUUAAAUGAUCUUGGUCAGAG